AUGGCAGCUAUCUCCGCAACACCAGAGCGAACCACAAUCGGUGGGACUAUCGAAAUUCCUCGGAUCAUCAAUGGCUUAUGGCAACUUGCCGGGGGCCAUGACAAGCAGGUCGAUAGGGACACCGCUGUCAAGGCGAUGAACUCUCUCAUCGAUUCAGGCCUGUCCUGCUUUGAUAUGGCAGACCAUUACGGCGAUGCCGAGCUAGUGAUUGGCGAGUAUAACACUUCGAAUCCUUCCGGUUCUCGCAUCACAGCCUUCACCAAAUGGUGCCCACAGGAGAAUGGCGACCGCUCAUUCCAGCGAGCCAAAGAAGCCGUAGACCUUGCGUUGUCGCGCAUGAAGCAGACUUCAAUAGCUCUGAUGCAAUAUCAUGCCUGGGACUACACAGACCCUACGUACCUUUGCAACCUGGCGCACCUUGCAGUUAUGCAAGAAGACAGAAAGAUCCAAGCGAUUGGGUUGACCAACAUCGACGCGGCACACCUCGAGCUAUUGCUUCAUUCCGGAUAUCGAAUUGCGACGAAUCAAGUCAGUUGCUCUGUGAUUGACCAACGCUUGGUCAAAGGCCGGCUUAGCCUGGUCUGUGCCGAACACGAUGUUGGUGUUCUUGCGUACGGCACGCUCUUAGGGGGCUUUCUCAGUGAGAAAUGGCUCGCCGUACCAGAACCCACGAAUGAGCAAGAACUGAACUGGAGUCUUCGGAAAUACCUCCGGUUCAUAAGAGCAGCUGGAGGUUGGGCCCCUUUUCAAGGAGUUCUACAAGCGCUAUCCCAGGUUGCCACAAGGCAUAGUGUACCGAUUGCUGCAGUAGCUACCCGGUGGGUGUUGGAUGUCCCGGUCGUGAAAGCAGUCAUAGUCGGCAGCCGGCUCAACGCGGAGUGUGAUAAGUAUACAAGCGGGAACCUGAGUGCCUUCUCCUUCAAGCUAGACGACGAAGAUCUGUCUUUGAUAUCGCGUGCCCAGAAAAAGCUGAAAGACAUCCCUGGGGAUUGCGGAGAUGAAUAUCGUAGAAGUCCAUUCUUAACGGCUUCCGGCGACUUGAGCCACCACAUUCGUGGAGAGAUUGAUCAACGUGCAGCGUCUGAUGUGGCUGCGGGAAAUAGGUUGGAGUACGGUACUGGCACCAACUGGGAGCGCAUAGCAGGUUAUUCUCGUGCUGUUAGAGUUAGAGAUACAAUAAGAGUCUCGGGCACAACAGCGAACCCGCCCAGGGGCCUGGUGAACCCGCCGCCUGCCAUGGGAGGCUCAUGUUCACGAUGUCAGACCACCGCCAUUUUAGAUACAAUUGCAAGCGCAGUGCGGCAUCUGGGAGGCACGAUGGCAGAUGUUGUGAGAACUAGGAUCAUGGUACGGGACGAAAAGGACUGCCAAGAGGUCUCUGAAGCCCACGCCUGGGUAUUCGGCUGCGAGAACGUACGGCCAGCCAACACUCUGACGACUGCGGGACUCAUAGGUGAAGCCUGCCUUGUUGAGAUCGAGGCAGAAGCAGUUGUUGGAAGCGGCUCCUCUGUGGUGAGAUACAACGAGGCUCGUAUAGGGCCGUGA